AUGGCCAAACGUUCGCUCGGUUGGGCCCUGGAAAAAGGGCGUUUACUCUGCAUCGCCGUCUUCGUGGAUGUCUGCGCCGCGCAGCUGAACCUCACAUGCCCAGACUACGUAGCCCGUCACGCACCCCUCCUAUCACUGCACCCGGAGGAGCCGUACAUGCCCAGCGACAUACUCACCCACAUCCAGCGCACCACACCCAAGCUCAAUCACGAAGCCAUCCCGGACCCCCUGCCCCCGCUCGACCUGGACAACUUGGAAAUCCUCAACCGGUUCGGCGAGCAGGUCGCCCUCACCUCCAUCGAUGACCCGACCACGUACCCGCCGUGGCUUCUCGGCGAGCGCCCAGACUCCGACGGCCGCACACGGAACGCCACCCCGUGUGUGGUGAUUGUAGUGGAGAAGGGCGAUUCGGUUUUGGACGCCUUUUACUUUUACUUCUACUCGUACAACGAGGGCCCCAACAUCACCCAGGUCCUCGAGCCGCUAAACGGCAUCAUCGAUGGAGGUCGCAACUUCGACCGGUCCAAGCACUUUGGCAACCAUAUUGGUGACUGGGAGCAUAACAUGAUCCGGUUCCGCGAUGGCGAACCCGUCGGCAUCUUCUAUAGCCAGCAUAGAGACGGGGCUGCCUUUGACUGGGAUGACCAGAGUAUCUCCAAGUCGGGGGGUCGGCCCAUCGCUUAUAGUGCCCUCGGCAGCCAUGCCAUGUAUCCCACGCGAGGGGACCAAGUCCAUGAUUACGCAAUCAUAGACUACUGCGACGACGGACCGACAUGGGACCCGGUGCUUUCGGCCUACUUCUACCACUUCGACCCGCCCACCUUCACGCUAACGCAGUUGACGCCCCCAAGCGGGUUGCACUCGUCCCCGCCGCCGCCGCCGUCGAACCUCACGUCCUUCUUCUACUACCUCGGCAAUUGGGGGGAUACGCAGUACCCAGAUUCCGACCCGCGCCAGGCCACCGUGCCCUACUUUGGGCUCAAGCGCUUCGAGACGGGUCCCAACGGCCCGCGGUACAAGCACCUGGUGCGCAAGGGCCUCAUGCGUGACCACCCGCGGAAGCUGGCGUGGAUCGAGUGGGCCGUCGGCGUGUACAUGGCCUGGUAUCCGUGCUGCUUGAGGGGCUGGCGGGUCUGGGUGUUUUUGGGACUCGUCCUCGCUGCUGUGGUUGGCACUGCUAUCGGGCUAUGGAUUGGCAUUAGGAGGUGGAUCGGGGGGUUGAAGGCGCGCGCCAAGGCGAGGACGGAAGAGAUCCCUCUAGACGACUUUGCAUCCGAGGAACAGGGUCUUCUCUCUUCGUUCGACGAGGACACGGAGAGGAAUACUAGGGGGGAAUAG